UAUUACUAAGAGAAGCCGUUAAAAAACUAUUACUUGAUUUCCUCGAAUAAGUGGAUAUCUAUAUUGCAAGUCCUAGCAAGUAUUUUUUUAUUAAAGUUCUGUCCCACUUUAAAAUGCAUUGUAGCCUACUAUCUAAUGAUAUAAAUAUAAUGUUAGUCCACGGCGACUAAGGGCUUUAAGUAAGCAAGUUCCAUCCAAGGACUCGUCAGCACACGUAUUGCAUUCAUUCAUUCAUGUUUUGAAGAGAAACAAAAAUAAAUUUAAUCCAAAACAGUUCAAAUAUUGUAUUAGAUCACCACCAUCUUAUGUAGGUAUUUCGGUACGGUAAAUGACACACUAUCACUGGAUCCAGAAGAUAUUGUCAUUUUAUUUUCUUCAUGCAAAGUAAGUCUGCAUAAACGUGUAAAGGGUUACAUCACUCUUCUCUCCACCCGAAUUCAGAAUUCGCUGGAUACUUGUUAAAACCCAGUUGAUCGGUUGUACUUUUAAAUAUAACUAAAAAUGGUGGGUGGGGUUUAAAAAACCAAAUCAAAAUGUGUUAUUUUAAUCAUCAAAUUUCAGAGUUUUAAACCUGUAGCCUGUCCGUUAUCAUUUCUUCAAUGGCAUCCACUGACAUGAAAAAACUAAUUAAAAGGCGAAGGUCCAAAACUUUUUUUUGUUGGUGAAACCCAGCAGGGCCGUGCGGAGAAGGGCGCACUCACCCAGUGUGUCAACGUAAGGGGCGUCAAAAUCGUCUUGGGAUAGAACAUUAUUAGUUAAUUAAACGAUAGAAUCCCAUUUACUUGAAAGAAAAAAAACAAACAAACAAACAAAAAAGUCGCCACAUCGUCUUUAAUUUGCACUGGUCCGCACCGGGCAGUAUUUUUUUCUCUAUGUAUUGAGGGGUUCCAUUAGACCAUUUUAAAGCUUCACCCCGGUGAUGAUUUUCCUCAGCACGGCCCUGAAACCAAGUGACGCCACAACACAGUUUGUAGAUCUGGAGGGCGCCAAAGGGUUGGUUGGUGACAUAAAACCCUUAGGCAAUUGCAACGCAGUUGUUCAUCUGAGAUAAUAAUAUAAUAUAUAUUUCUGGUAUUUGAUUUGUUUUCAUCACUUAUUUUUGUGAACGCCGUUCAGAUUAAAUUAUUUAUAAAACUACGGGGAUUAUUUCAACUAAAUAAGACCAGAGGCGCACCUUAACCAAAUGCCAAAAGUGCCCCCCCCCCCAAAAAAAAAAAAACAAAAAAAAAAAAAAAAAAAAAAAAAAAAAAAAAAAAACAAAAAAAUAUUAAAUUAUUUAUAAAACUACGGGGAUUAUUUCAACUAAAUAAGACCAGAGGCGCACCUUAACCAAAUGCCAAAAGUGCCCCCCCCCCCAAAAAAAAAAAACAAAAAAAAAACAAAACAAAAAAAAACAAACAAACAAACCAACAAACACAACAAAAAAGCACUUAUACAACUUUAAAGUGCCGUCCAUGGCAUCACGGUAUGUACGCCACUACAUAUGACUAUCACUAGUAGGGCAUCACAGUGCCAGAUUUGUUUUUAAAGCAGUAGCACUUUCAUUUAGCAAAUAUCAAGCACGCGUUAUGUGAUUGAUGUGAAAACUUAAUGGAAAAACAACAACAACAACAAAAAAUAAUGGAGAAAAAAAAGGCAGGUACAAAAUUUAAGAUGAAACGAAAAAAUAAAAUAAAUAAAUAAACAGUUCAUAGCAAGUAAUAUCGCACUGGCACUAAGUUUGAAGACUUCCAGAGAGAUACCACAGAACAACGACCAUCCAGGAACCUUAUAUAGCCAACCAUUGCAGUACCUGGCAUAUGCAGAUGAUAUAGCACUACUGGGUAGAAACCGUAAUGACAUAAUUAAAGCAUUCAGGGAACUUGAAAAUGACUCAUUCAAAGCUGGCCUUGAUAUAAAUGAACAGAAGACAAAAUAUGUGAUAAUGUCAAGAAACUCAAUAUAAACAACCACAAAUUUGAGAGAGAGGCUGCAUUCAAAUAUCUAGGGGCAACUAUAAAUGAGCACAAGGAGAUAAUGUCGGAGGUGAAAGAAAGGAUAACAGCAGGCAACCGUUCCUAUUUCAGCCUACAAAAGCUACUGGGAAACAAAAACCUCUCAAGGGGAACAAAGAAGACAAUAUAAACAAACAUCAUAAGACCUGUAGUUACAUACGCAAGUGAGACCUGGACCCUCACUAGAAAAGCAGAAAACCUGCUCACGUAAAAGAAUAAUGGAGUAUAUAUAUAUAUAUAUAUAUAUAUAUAUGUAUAAUACCACUAAACCUAUCAGAUAAUCGCCAAUGUAGCACAGUGAUGGCAACUAUAGUUGCAGUCGCAGGAUUAAUUACAUAUUCAUUGAACAAGUGCUUCCGCUGACGAUGGCGGUGAAGAUAGCACGACCCCACUAUUAUCUUAUUUAAAAGGCUCAGAAAGAUACGGUUAUUAAGAUUUGUUUUGUUGAAUGGCUCAUGUGCAGUCAUGUUCAGAACCAUUUCCCAUUUUCAUGAUAACAGUAUCGGCUUUUGACAUUUGAACCUUCGCAUCAGCAAAAAAAAAAAAAAAAUUCAUACAAAAAAAAAUUGAAAAAUCGAUUUUUAGGAAAAAAACAAAACAACAAAUACCAGUUAAAAAAAAACAAAAAAUGGCUUUUGAAAUUUGAACCUACCAAGCAGAAAAAAAAAAAAAAAAAAAAAAUUCAUACAAAAAAAAAUUGAAAAAUCGAUUUUUAGGAAAAAAACAAAACAACAAAUACCAGUUUAAAAAAAACAAAAAAACUUCUGAGUCUUCUUACCCAGUGGCAUAUGCCUGCCUGGGUGGUGGGUGGGUGGCAUUUAGUCAAGGUACGCCAUUCAGCCUUGCUAAUAAUGUCUAGCGUCAAUGUCAUUUAAUAUCCUGGACCGUGGAAUGAAUCAAUCGCUCUCUACUUGUGACGAUUUCAACAAACUUUGCUAAGAUAAAGAUAAAGAUAAAGAUGGCUUUUCUCAGAACUGGUGGAAGGACAGCAGCACGUUAUUAUACAAUUAAGUAUUCUGAUUAUGCGUUUGGGAUGACAGUGUUUUGGGUGGAAUCUUUAAUUGAUCACACCUUAUCACGUGGUGAAUUGCUAGAGGUGGCAACAAGCACUGCUUCGCUCACAGUUGUUACAAAAGGACAAAUUUUUUUUUUAAACGAGAGCAAUGGAUUAAUUAUUAGUAGGUUAAAAUAACUGUUGAGACAAAUGAAUAAAAAUACGGCACAUAACUGAUAACAUGAAAGCCUGAGAGAACCCGCUCAAGUUUCAAAUGUCACGUAACAGCCGCGUCAAAUGGCCAUUGGGGUGUAAGGUGGUGGAGGCCAAACUUAAUGAAAAUAAAUAACUUGGUUACCGGUCCCAUUGAUGAGCAUAUAUUAUCCAGGAUAACUUAGGUACAAGUGUCUACCAAUAGUGUGUGUUUGUGUAUUUUUAGAUUGAUCGGACUUGGUCAAUCCUUGCACAAUAUGUAGGCUAGGGUGACCAAAUCAUGAACUGGAAAAAAAAACGGGACAGACCCAAGGAGGGUUUGGGGGCAUACUCUCCAGCUAAAGAGGGUUCUGGGGGGCCUCCGCCUGAAACUGUUUAUUGAAAUAUGCUCAUUUUAACUAUUUAGAUGCAUAGAAAUCUUUUUAAAUUUACCUUCACUUUUGUAAUUCAAUUUAAACUCUGAAGCAUAUCAUAAACGAAAACAAUAGUAUUGCAGUGAAUAAUUAUUUAUUUAUACAUACUUUAAAACAUAAUAAGAUCUAUGGUAGGACCACUGGCGUUUACGCAGCGUCGGCAGAGUGGUGGAGGGGGAACAGUGCAGCCAUCACGCGAGCCCACAUCACUACUGGCACUGGCUACACAGCUAGCCAAAAUAUUACUAGAAGUUAUAUUAUAAAUUAGGAAGUUUCAUUGAUUUGAAAAUGUUUUUGGUUUUAAAAACGGGACAUUUAGGCUUCCCUAGAGACUUUUUCGGGACACCGGGUACGAUCAUGAAAAAACGGGACAAUCGAGUCAAGUGGAGGCUAGUUCGGGACAAUCCCGUUUUUACGAGACGUUUGGUCACCCUAAUGUAUGCAUGCAAACUUGUGCUUAGUGAAGUCUCGGCCCGAGGAUUUCUUAGGCAUUAGGUUAUAAAAUACGAAUUAUAGUUUUUAUAGAAAUAUUAAUCACCUGCAUAGUUAGCAAAUAUUUUCUUCGUCACUGCAUAUACCAGGCCUUCUUUAAAAAAAAAUAAUUGAAAUUAAUUAUUUAAUCAUCAAUGGGAGAUUUUUUAAUUUAAAAAAAAAAAAACAACCAACAGAGUACUUUGUCAACCAAUGCAAAUUUGUCUAGAUGUUGUUACUCAACGAUGACCUAUUUCAAUUACUACAUAACUUAUGUCGUCCUUCUCAGUUCUCCAGAAUUUAAACAUUCUUAUUUGCCCCCAUCUUUCGGUUACAUACAUCACAACACUAGAAAUGAUAAAAUUAGAACGUCUCUAGUUGUACACUUAAUUAAAUCCAAUAACCGUUAUGUUAAUAUGUUAUUGUUGUUUGUUUUUUUAAAUUUUUAGCUCGAGCUCGAAUCACUUAAAAUAUGUACAGUACACGGAUAUUCCAUAGCAAAGGCGUUAUCGGGUACCGUAUGAAAAAUACUGCAAUUAACAGUGGUCAGAGCAAUUUUUUUUUUUUUUACAGAAGCGCGUUGGCAGCUUAUAAACAAACAUAUUUUAAAUGACAUGAAUAGAACAUAAAGCAAUCUUUGAAUCGCAUCCUAAUUUGUAAAAGCAAAUUUUAAUGUUUUCACUCCAUCUAAUUGUUUUUUUAUAUGACAGAAACACGCGAACGACAAAGAGGGGAGAGGUGUGUGAGUGUUGGCGAAUGACGUGAAUUUCCUCUCUCACCCCUACCCCCCAGUCCCGGGGUGGUUUCAAACACUAUUGCAUUCGACAACAGCGUCGCAUAAUGUGCACGUUUUAUGAUCGUAUAUUAAAUUUUCUUGUGCAUUCCUUAUUUUGCUGAAGUCACGGAUUUACUAAACGAAUCGUAUAUAUAUAUAUAUAUAUAUAUAUGAGAGCAUUGUUCGAACUAGCCACUAGUAAUAAUUACUUACCCGUGUGAGUCCUUAGAUGCGCUUGCAAUGAUUUUUCUCGAGGAAAAACGCGACUGCAUUUGGUACACCUUAUUCUUGAACGGGAAGAUGAUCCUUCAACCAUUAAUGUGGUUAAAAUAUCUGCUCUUGGUCUACCACGUUUCCCUUGAUCUUUCUCUCUUUGAUAAACGUAUUGUGUUUUAUUGCUUAUACCCCCUGCAUGGUGAACACUAUUUAUUCGAUGCUCCAGGCUAAUAGGCCUACAUUUCUUGGAUAUAGACGAUGCCGUCGGACUUAAAUCGAGUGGGUGCAUUUUAACAUGCAUAGUCCUACACACAUUUAAAGUAAGUUUCCUCUAAAGCUUAACUUAAGAUUUAAUUUUGCGAAAUCGCUCGUAGUUCCUACGGCUACAUUUUCAAGCCUAAGCCUGUCGUGAAAGAUUUUGCCCUCAAUAUUUUUUUAAUUUUUUUUAAAUAUAAUAUAUAUUAAAAAUAGACCAGGGAAACACCACCAUACGUGCUAGUUAAAACCUGUGUGUAAACUAUAACUGAUUAGAAGUAUACUUAAAUAAUAAAACCCAAUUUUCUUUACUAAGAUAUAUUAAUUUUUCUAAAGGCGAAGAUGUAAAAAAACAUUUUAGAUUAUUCUAAAUAUUUGCAAAACAGUUAAAUUUUAUAAAACAAGUCGUUUUUUUUUCAAAUAUUAGUCCGCAUUUGCCAAAUUUGGUUGAAUUACAUCACCGGAAGUAGUUAUGGAACAUUCACCUUGCAUGCGCAUUAUUUUGUGCGCGAAGCACGCCAUCUUGACAAACUGAAGUCUUAUCGGGGAAAAGGCCGUAAGGUCCUAAUCUAACAACAUCCUCUCAGCUAAAGAGGAAAAUGGACCAUCAAUACGGCAUAGCUGUAAAUAACAAAUUUGCGCUCUUCCUGGACGAAGAUGAGGAUCCGUUAGAGGUCUUGUCAAGGCAGGAGGAGCAAGCCAAGAAGAAGAAAGAUGAAGGAGAAAAGAAGCCGUCUAAAUCUAAACAGAAAAAGACAGCUGUGCCCGAGACCAAAGCCAAAGUGCCUGAGCCGCCAGUAGUGAAAAAAGAAGGUGGGUAAAUUAAUAUGUAGCUAUAGAUCUUGUAGACAUGUGUAUUUGUUAUGCAUUUUUAGCACCAAAAAGUGCAUAAAUAGUAUAUAGCAUGUCACUUUCAAGAAAUUCUGCUAACAUGCCUGCCCGUGCCAUGUGCUGCUUUUGGGCAGCAACAGCCGAGUGGAGGCUAGUUCGUGAAACUGACAUUUCAGACUUUUUUUUAACGGUGAUGCAAGAAGAUGCCCCAGUAAAUUUUGAUUUAAAUUAGUUAUUGCAUUAAGUAUUGAUUAGGCCUGUUUACUUUUUUUUGUCUCUAUUCCUACACUGUUGCCCACCCAUCUAAUUAUUAUACUUUAAUAUAAUUAUUAGACUUUAGACAUAUGCCAAAUUAUAGUCAAAAGAUAAGAUUUGGAUAGCUUACCAGAAGGUCUUGGUUUACAAGGCCUACAAAUAGUUGGUCAUAUUUCUUUUUAAGUAGUUCUUUCAAAUAAAUUGCCAUUCAAGUAAUGGACAUGCUAAUCAUUGGGCCAAAGUGCCUAGGCGAGGGCAGUAGGGUUAUUCUAACUUGAUGUAGUACUGCCAGCAUCCUUAAAAUCACUGUUCCCCAAACGGUGACCUGCACCGGUCCGCAAGCCUCACAUUACCAGUCCAGAGAGCAUGAAUAUUGAUGCUUAAAUAGAAAGAAAAUGUAAUUAAUAAAUCUAGCACUGGUCUCAGUUGCAGUUUCGAAACUUGUCCACCGGUCCGUGCAACUUAAAACUUUGGGAAACGCUGCUUAAAAUGAUUGCCACCCUAAGACAAGACUCGCAAUUUGCAGCCAUUAAAAAAAAAAAAACUUACUUUUUAUUCUCGAAUUAUGAAUAUUUUAACAUUCAUUGCAUGCGUUUGAAAACAUUUGUGUUACAUGCCUAGUUUCAAAACUAAAUUUAAAAAAAAUAAUUUUAUUUUAAAAUUAGAAAAAACUGUACCAGCAAGACAGAGUGAAAGAGGUGGCAGAGGUGUUGGAAGAAGUCGAGAACCUCGUGAAAUACGUGAUAAUGAUGGUGAAAAGCGUCCUCCUAGGCGGCAAGCUCCCAAGGAGAACCGUGAAAUAAGAGUUGGGGAUGAAAAUGUUCCACCAGAGUUCAGGUAAGGCAUUAAGAAAAUUGGUUGACUUAGUCAGUGUUGGACAAAUUUUGAAGAUGCUUCCUUACUAACCUAGGCUGUGUGAAAUUUCGAUUAUAAAUAGUUUAGUCCCAUUUUCAAUACUUUAUUAAAGAGCGUUAUGUGCCUAUAAAUAUAAACUAUUCAUAUUAUUGUAUGGUCUAGUUUGCUUGAAGUGAUGAUAUUUGAAAUCAAGACUUGUGAUGGUUACACUUUACCGGAUACUGAUCAAGCGUUUAGUCUUAUUUAAACUUUACUUUAUUUGCAUAAUGUUUCACCAUUUACUGUUAUUACUGGUUAUUUACUGGUUUAUAUGCUUCCAGAGAACGACCAGAAAGUGGCUUCCGAAGAAGAGAAGAUAGAGGAGAUCGUGAAGGGGGCUUUGGAGGAGAAAGGGCUAGAGGACGUGGACGAGGCAGGGGAAGAGGACGUGGUGGGGAAAGGGGAGGAUUUGGAGGCCCAAGAGGUGGCUUUGGGGAACGAGGCGAGAGAAAGCGUGAAUUUGAUCGUCACAGUGGGACAGACAAGACGUACGUUAACAUUUGAUUUACUUCAGUUAAUUUUUUUUAACUUUUUAAAUGUUUUACCCAAGUUCCCUAAAGAUGUGAGUUUCAUAAGCCUUAUUUCAUCCAAAAUGUAAGCUAUUUUAUGUUUUAAGGAGUUGGAAUUUUUUAAUACAUUUUUUUAAAGUUUUGUAUUCCAUUUAAAAAUUUCUUUGAUUUAAAAAAAAAAAAAAGGCUGCAUGAUCUUCUGCAAUUCCUUAAGCUGUUUUCGAAGAAGCCUUAUUAUUAUGCUUUUCAGUGGUGUCAAGCCUAUUGAAAAGAAGGAAGGUGGAGGUUCUUACAAUUGGGGCAACUUCAAGGAUGAUCUUGAGUAAGAUUACGAGUCUAUUUUAAGUAUUUUUAAACACUUAUAAGAUCAUCUUAAGAAUAGUUGUAUUGUAUUUUAAUGUACAAGUUAAAAUUAAAUUAUCUAUAUGUUGAUUUAUUUUCCAAAAACUGAUCAAGCAGCCUUUAUCUUUUGCUAAUCCUUUUUGUUAACAGAAUUGUCAAUUUGUUGUUAGUGGUUAAGGAUAGAUUUGCUUACACAUUGCCUGCAUAAUUUAUAUAAUUUUUCUUGCUAACCCUGAGAGUGCUUAUAUAUUUUCAAUGGUUAAAAAAAAAAAAAAAAAAAAAAGCAGACUUCUAUUACCUUUUAAUAAUUAAUUUGCCUGGAAUCGAACCAAAAACUGUUGAAGCAGUUACCAGAUAACAGCUGUUAUGCAGAUUAUUUUAAUUUUUUUUUUUUUGGAGCAUAUAGAAACCCCUUAUUUAUCUAUUUAGUUAUAUCUUGAUGUUUUCAUAUUUAGACCAGACAGCUAAAGGACCUGGUGCGAACUAGUAACUUAAAGGGCGCUUUGCAAUCGUACAUUUAUCUUUACCUAAUCGUUUCAUUAUGUAUUUACUUGGUUUUAAAAAAAUAUAUAUUAUUAAUAAUACAUUUGUUAGAAUUUUCUUUUAUGCUACUUGCGAAAACCAAUUUUUCAGCAAGGACAUCUAGUAUUUAAAGUUUGGCAACGACUUGUGUCAUGCGAUUGGCUUGAAGUGAUGAAAGCUAUUUUAUAAGAUUUAACAUGGUUAUGAUUACCGGAUACUGAUCAAGCAUUAUUCCAAUUUUAUUUUUUCAAUCUAAAAUUUAAAAAAAACAAAACAACCUAAGUACUAGGUAUUAAUUUUAAGUAUUUUGGUUUAUUUAGAGAGCCUGCUCCUCAAACAGAAACUAACGAGUGGGCCAAUCAGCCAGAACCAGGUACAGAAAAUCCUGAGCUUAAGUAAGUAUUGAAUUAUUUUUUAUCCUCUGAUCUGAGCCACCUACAUAGCUUAUAUAAAUCGAGUUCUCUACUGGGCAUCUUAUUUUUAGAAAUAUUUUUAACCCUUUACAGGACAGGAGGUACUUCCUCUUGCCAGUCCUUUCUGUUUUUUUUUUAGUAAGAUUUAGUUAGGGUUAUGUUAGUAAAAAAAAAAUCUAAGGUGUUUGUCAACAAAUUUUUGUGAAAUAAAAUGCAAAUAUAGGAAAAUGAAUGCAGAUUUAUAAUUUUACUUACAUGUUGCCAUUUAUCCUCAUGAACACAAAUAUUUGCAAAAAACAACACAUCGUUUGUGAUUGUGAUUCAUCUAUGUACUAUUAAUAAGCACUGCCACAAAACCGAAGUUUGUAAAAUUCAACACUGCUUACUACGCUGAUUUCACUAAUGUCACUAAUAUUAGUAUCUAGUUCCUAUUUACAGUCAAUUCGUGCACUUGAAUGUCGCUUAUAUUUAAUCCAGCGAAAUCUCUGCUAUCACUUGAAUAAUUGGCACAUAAUCGGCAAAAUCCAUUUAGAAAAAAAAAUUAAACCCCUAAAACUACCAAAAAAAUAGAUUAAAUACUUGUAACUGGCGCCCACUCUAUCUAGCUAUCGGAAAAACCGGAUGUAAACAAUAGGAAUUCUCGUAAAGACUCGGAGGUCACGAGUUUACAACUCUUUGUCGUCAGACGCUUUUGGGCGUUUUGCCCGUUCAGUACUAAAGACGUUUUGCCCGGUAAAGGGUUAAUUUUAUUGAUGUAAAUUUCUUGACUUCAAAAUAAAUCAGGUACCAUUAAAGUGUACAUUUGAUAACAUGUAAUAUCAAAUACUUUUAUAAACUAUUGGAAAUAGUUGUAAUCGUAUGAUUUAGGCAUGUACGAUAUUGAGAUGUCUUUUAGGACUGUACUCCAAGACCUGUCAAAACUACAAUUUUAAGAGACGGCUGAAAAUAUAACAUGCAUGUAGUUUUUCCAGUUUUUUAAAAACAUGACAAUUUACAUUAUUGGUUAUUAGUUUUAGCUCCUUUCUACAUCCAGCAGUGAAUGGAUCGAGAAGUAACAUUGGUUGGGGACCACCUAUCAUAUUAAAUUUGCCUGGGGAGGGGUUCUAAAUAUUUAAAAGUCUUUAAAAUGGCACCAGCAUGUUUAUGUCAGGUUGGUGAUAUUGUUGCUUUGUAUUUUCCUUAUGAGCUCACUAGGCAGGGCGACUGUAAUAUUAAUGCAGCCGUCCUAGUGAUAAUUUUAGUCAAUCCUCGUUUUGGUUGCUUUUACGCCACAUGAAGUAAUUUUGCAACGAGUACAUCUGCUCAUCUGUUCCGCACAGUAGUAGUUAUAGUGUACAUUAUAUAUACUGUAUAUUUAUUUACUAAGAUACUGUAUUGUAUGAUUUUGAGAGACGUACGAUUUUAGAAGUUCGAGGGUCUGUUUACAUUUUAAAAUUAUGUGCAUUUUUCAACAUAGUGAGAGUGCUGAAGGUGAGCAAGCACCAGAAGAAGAUCCUCAGCCUCAAGAGAUGACUUUGGAUGAAUGGAAGGCUUUACAGACUCAAAAUAAGCCUAAAGCCGAGUUCAACAUACGCCAGGCUGGUGAAGGUGAAGAUGGCUCUAGGUGGACAAAGGGACGGGAAUAUCAUAAAAAACAUGAAGAGGAGGAUGACGAAGAAGAAGAAUCUGAGGAAGAAGAUGAGGUAUUUGAAUAUUAUGUCCAAUCCAAUAUCUGUUAAACAGAAAUUUAAAAUCACUUAACUAAUUGUUAAAAUGGUUAGUUUAAACCUGUAUUAUAUCAUCUAACAAUGUUAAUCUAGAGAAGCAAAUUAAAUUCGUCUUUCCAAUUUUUUUCAUAUCAUAUACCUGAAGUUGGAUAUCUAUACCAUUAGUCUGUUUUCAUUAAGUAAUAGUUAACUUAUAAACACAGUAAUCAAUGUGCUGGAUUUAAUGACAUGAAUUGGUAAUACAGUUAGACAUUUUACACUUGCCAAAGCAGUCAAUGAAGGCUUGUUUUCAACAAGUAAUGUUCAUUUUACCCAUAUGCCAGAAUCCAUUCCACGUGAGAUCUGAGUAAUGACCUUAAGACACUUAACCAUAGAUAAACAGGCUGUACAUGUAAUGUACCAUAAACAAACAGGCUGUACAUGAAUAUUUGUUAAGGGAGCAUGACUUUAUUAAAUCAGUUUUGAAAGGAAGUAAAUGAAAUAUAAAAUUGUAAUGAUCAUAUAAAAAGAAUAGUUUAAAAGAAACUCCUUAAAUAUUAACAAUGUAAAGUUAACCAUCUGAAUAUAAGUAUGGCGACCGUCACUUGCUAGUAUUAGCCAUGAAGGGUUCAGAAUUCAAUUAAUUUUUUAAAGUCUUGAUUCAGAUACUUUGGUUUGAUUAUUAUCACUUUCUACAUUAAUCUGUUGGAUGGUUCAACAAAAGAAUUUGCUAGUUUAAUAAACUUGGUAUUACCCGUGUUAAACCUAGAGAACACUCGUAACUUCAUCUUAGGAUAUAAAUUAUAGUUAGACAGAAUUUGGGCAAGUUCAUCAGUAAUUUUUAGAACAUUGAAUGCGUUAUGGUUCCCAUUGAGCUUUGCUUACAUAUAAUAAUAAUAAUAAACAUAUGUCAUACCAGUCUUGGGUAGUUCGUAGGCUUGUUUAGUUUUUGUCCCUUUUUUAAUAUUGGGACUAUUUGAGCUUUAAAAUUAUGAUGUAAAAAGUUGGAAGAUAGUUUGUUUUUUUUUAAUAUAUUUUAGUUAACCGGAAAUAACUUUUUACUUUUCCCAAACUUUUCACUUUUCCCAAACUUUUCAGGAUGAUCGUCAUGCUCGUGGAAAGCACUUGGUAACAGAUAUCCGCAUUACCUUCAAUGACACACCCAGGCGAGGUAGAGGUCGCAGAGGUGGUCGUGGAGGUAUGGAACGAGGUGGUCUGGAGCGUGGUGGUCGUGGAUCUCGUGGAGGCCCUCGAGGGAUGGGUGGCAAACCCAGGGAAUCUGCUCCCCGUUUUGAUGACGAAGCAGAUUUUCCAUCACUUGUCAAGUCUGCUGCUUAAGAUGGCAGCAUAUGGCAAGAGAAGAAUGUUCAGUUUUCAGGCUGGAUUUGCUUAGUUAUCCACUAAGAUCCUUAAUAAGAAUUAUCAAAUAUUUUAUUUUUCACAACCUAGUGAGGCGAGCUUCCCUAGGAUUUGUCUGCAAGUUCUUGAAAGACUAUUUGUACAUAUGUGAUGACUGCCACUGGAAUUUUCGUCUUUGUUGACACUUUGCUGAGAAUGUUUUUCACUUUAAUAAUGUGUUGCAAGAAAGUUUUUUUUUUUGCAUAGAUAAGGUAAAUUACCUUUUCAUUAGUGGCAGACAGAACAGCUAGUGUGUGAGCCAUGAUGUAAUGGUCAUAUACUAAGUACAUGACCUGGUAAAAUCAUUAGCCCAGGUUAACCUGGAAGUGACAAAGACGGUUAUCACUGACGAACUUUUUUGUUUUGUUUAUUCGAAGUGUUCUUUUCUUGAGUCAGGAACAGUCUGUCCAUUUAUUCGCUUUAUUCCAUGCAUCAUGUACAUUUUGCUCCCAUUUACACGUGUAAAUGUGCACUGUGUAACUUUCUGAUAGCGUUCAAAAGAAAGCUUGAUUGUAUGACUAAUACACAUCCAUCUCAUCUGUCAAAUCAUUCAUUACAGACUGCCACCAUAUACUUCAUGCUCAUGAUUGUCAUUAUGUGCUAUUUAUUUGAACCAUACCAGAGAGGUGUAAUUUUUUUUUAAGGCGGGAGCAGCUCUGAGCAUUUUGUAUUUUAUCAAUUUGAGAUGGUAGAUUGUUAGGUUCUAAAAUGUGAGAGGAGAUAUAUGAAGUAUGAGCCUUACACAGAUUUUGUGGUGUUUCUGUUGUUUUAAAGUAGUGUAAAGGAAAAAAACAACACUUUUUACAUUUUUAAUUAAACACUUUUUUUUACUCCAUUUUUAAAAAAAAACAAUUUGGCUUUUUUUAACCACAAUAUCUGAAGAAUCUUGCAAAUUGCCAAGCAGUUGUAAGGUUCAUAUAUAGUAAAAUGAGUGUCUUGUUUUGUGGGGCUGACUGGCCUUGCUUGCAGCAUGAACUGAAGAUAAAAUGUCUAUUGUAUUGUUGAGUGUUGCAUUUGAGAUUGUCCGUCAUUUUGUGUGAUUUGUUUUUCAAAACAAAUUAAAUUAAUAAAUAUCCCUUUCCUGAACUUUCUGUUCAUGUUUUUUUGACUGAUGUAUUUAGCUUUAAUUUUUGCCAUUUAACUACUAUGUAAUUGUAAAUACAAAGGUACAAAAGU